AUGGCUCGUCGUCGUCCUCGCGCGCUCCGGGAUGCGGCGGUUCCAAUGGUCCAGGACACGACUGGUAUCCGCGUUCGCGAGACCUUCGAGACGUUCCUUGAGGACUUUGUCGAGGAGACGGAGAGUGGACCGUUACCUUCUGCCACUGUGUCCGUGAGUGAGAAGUACUAUGUUGCGCAGAUCAGGGGGUUGAGGACGUAUGGGUUGACAACGCUUUACGUUGACUACAACCAUCUACAAGGGUACCAGAAUGGUGUACUCGCCGAGGCAUUGACGGAUCAGUACUACCGUUUCAUGCCAUUUCUCGUACAAGGCCUUCACACCCUCGUCCGCCGCUACGAACCAGAAUACUUCAAUAAAGCGACAACCUCCACAAGCUCCACGGCAUCCACCGCACCCUCGACACGCUCAAAGACCGGAACCGACAAGUCAUUCCAAAUCGCAAUCUACGGACUGCCCCUGAUUUCCAAAAUCCGCGACCUCCGAACCCAGAAAAUCGGGAAAUUGAUCGCGAUGUCAGGAACUGUAACCCGUACCUCCGAAGUCCGUCCUGAACUCCAUAUGGCGACAUUCACCUGUGAGGCAUGCCGUACGAUUGUUAGUGGUGUGGAGCAGGUGUUCAAAUAUACUGAGCCAACCACAUGUCCGAAUGAGACUUGUGCGAAUCGUACGGCAUGGCGCCUCGACGUCGGAAACUCCACCUUCAUCGAUUGGCAAAAAGUCCGCAUCCAGGAAAACUCGAACGAGAUCCCCACUGGCUCAAUGCCACGAACCCUCGACGUCAUUCUUCGCGGCGAGACGGUCGAGCGCGCGAAAGCCGGUGAUAAAUGUAUCUUUACCGGAACGCUUAUCGUCGUUCCCGACGUCGCACAACUCUCUGCGCCGGGACAGAGAGCGGAGUCGAUGCGCGACACCCGGGGGCAGUCCCGUGGGCGGGAUGGAUUUGCGAGUGAGGGAGUUACGGGGCUCAAAGCCUUAGGAGUACGUGAUUUGACGUACAGGUUGGCGUUUUUGGCGUGUAUGGUGCAGUCGACCGAUACCCGUGCCGCUGCCACCGGCGGCGAUAAUGAGGCUUCUACGGGUGAUGAGGAGCAAGAUGAGUUCUUGUCUUCGCUUACGCAGACGGAGAUUGACGAGUUGAGGGGAAUGGUGCAUUCGGAUCAUAUCUAUUCAAGGUUGAUCGCGUCCAUUGCACCGACGGUUUAUGGACACGAGAUCGUGAAAAAGGGGAUUUUGUUGCAGUUGAUGGGUGGUGUGCAUAAAGUCACUCCCGAGGGUAUCCACUUGCGUGGUGACAUCAACGUGUGUAUCGUUGGUGAUCCAUCAACCUCGAAAUCGCAGUUUUUGAAGUAUGUCUGCUCUUUCCUUCCUCGCGCCGUUUAUACCUCCGGUAAGGCGAGUUCCGCUGCGGGUUUGACAGCUGCUGUGGUGAAGGAUGAGGAGACGGGUGAAUUUACGAUUGAGGCUGGUGCGCUGAUGUUGGCGGAUAACGGGAUUUGCUGUAUUGACGAGUUCGAUAAAAUGGAUAUCUCGGAUCAAGUCGCAAUUCACGAGGCGAUGGAGCAGCAGACUAUCUCUAUCGCAAAGGCCGGAAUUCAGGCCACCCUGAACGCUCGUACCUCGAUUCUGGCGGCGGCGAAUCCGGUUGGGGGAAGGUAUAACCGCAAGACUACGUUGAGGGCGAAUGUGGCUAUGUCAGCUCCUAUUAUGUCUCGUUUCGAUUUGUUUUUUGUGGUGUUGGAUGAGUGUAACGAAAACACGGAUUUCAAUUUGGCGAGCCAUAUCGUGAAUACGCAUCGCCUCAAAGACGAGGCGAUUCAGCCCGAGUUUUCCACGGAGCAGUUGCAGCGGUAUAUCCGCUACGCUCGAACUUUCAAGCCUAAGCUCACGCCUGAGUCUAUGGCUGUCCUUGUUGAGAAAUACAGGGAAUUGAGAAACAACGACGCUCAGGGUGUUGGAAGGAAUUCGUACAGAAUUACGGUGAGACAGUUGGAGAGUAUGGUUCGUCUUUCGGAGGCGAUUGCGAGGGCAAAUUGUGUUAAUGAUAUCCAUCCCAACUUCGUGCGCGAGGCAGCGAACUUGUUGAGGGCGAGUAUCAUCCAUGUCGAGAGGGAUGAUAUCGGAUUGGACGAAGAGGAGGGCACGGAGACCACGCAGGUUCAGGAUGAGGAGACCACUCAGGUGGAAAAUCUCGGAGCGGCUGAGGAUGUUGAGAUGCACGACGAACAGACCCAGAGACCGAGGAAGGAGAAGACGAAGAUCACGUAUGAGAGGUAUAUCAAGAUCAUGAACAUGGUCGUCCGGAAACUCUACGAAGACGAACAAUCCGCCUCCGACGUUGCCGGUAUCGACGAGGAAGACCUCGAGUUGUGGUACCUUGAAAAGAUGGCCGAAGAACUUAACACCGAGGAGGAAAUGGAGCAGGAGCGGAAUCUCUUCUCUAAGGUAUUGAAGAGGUUGGUGAAGGAUAAUUAUCUGUUGAAGAUGGAUGGAGAUGAGGUUGAGAUGCCCGAAGUGGAUGCUGGUGCUGAUGAGGAGCAACCGGAGGGAAGGAGGAGGGCUGUGUAUGUGUUGCAUCCCAAUUGUGAGGUUGAUGCGAUUGUGCAGGCUGGGGAGGAGAUUCCUCAUGAUGCAAGGGAUGAUGAGCCGUUGGUGUAG